GACGUCAUUCAAGCGACAAGAGGAAGGAGCGCCAUUUUGAAAAAAAAAAACACUCACCAGCAAACAACUCUUCUUAGUUGUUCUUGGUUUAAGAACAAAUAGAAAGAAAACGACAUGGAGCCACAGGUGAACUGGUCUCAUGAAGAGACUAAGGCGCUUAUAGCAGUGUGGUCGGAAGAAAAAAUACAGCAUGACCUCGGGGAAUCAUUUAGAAAUGAGAAAGUAUACAGGGAAGUGUCAGGUAGACUGGCUGCAGUAGGCAUGAGUCGCUCUGCGAAACAGUGCAGGGACAAGAUAAAGAAGCUUAAACUUGAAUACAGGAAAAUAAAAAAACACAGUGACAGAUGUGGGGACAAAGUUAAGACCUUCAGGUGGUACGAUGCUAUGGACACUAUCAUGAGUGAAAGACCAGCUACAACAGACAACACAGAACAGUCAGCCACCAUGAUACCUGAAUACAUGGUUUCAGAUGCUGGAACAGAUUCGCACACUAUGACGGACAUUCCUGGAAGCUGCAACAGCACCUUCGUACCCUGCCCUACACCAGGCCCAACACCUUGCCCCACAGAGAAACCACAGUACCCAGGUUUCUACUCCAUUCAACUAGAAGAUGUUGACGGUCCGUCUACAAGUACCUACAGCUCUACUGCAGUGCAAACAUCAGUCAAAGAUACGCCCUUGUGCUGUUGGUCAAAUAGAGAGGUCCAAGCAUUAUUGACACUUUGGGCAAAUCCCGCUGUUCAAGAAGAGCUUCUCCUCAACGUGAGGAAUAAUAAAGUUUACGCCCGCCUAAGUGCUAAACUAGCAUCACUUGGAUUCAACAAAGCGCCAAAGAAGUGCAGGGAGAAAAUAAAAAAACUGAAGCAGGAGUACAAGAGAAUCAAAAACGGUCAACACAGAGGUGGAAGCAACAGCACCCGUACAAGUGUAUGGUUUGCCAUUAUGGAUGAUGUCCUCAGUUCCAAGGCUGCAGCAGCAAGACAUUCAGAAACAACAGAGCCCUCCUCCACAGACCCCUCUCUGCUCAGUCAGUCACAGUCUGUCCUGGAUGUGGACACUGAUGAUGAAACCCAGUGGUUGCCUGAUGAAAUCCAAGUGCUGAUGACCCUCUGGGCACAACCAAACAUUCAGAGACAGCUUCUCACCACAGCAACAAACAAUCAAGUCUUUAGGUACCUCAGCAGUGAACUCGCGUUGGUGGGGUUUAACAAGACACCACAUCAGUGCAGUCUUAAAGUGAACAACCUUAAAGAGGAGUACAGGAAAAUCAAGGAAGUGGAACCAUAUGGGGACGUUAAAUGUGACUGGUUUGCUAUUUUAGAAGGAGUCCUUGGCCCUGGUGGAGAGACUUCUACAGAGGUGGAUUCAUCUGCUGUGCUGACACAACCUAAGUCACCAGAGUAUGUGCAUGUGAAAGAUACGUCGCGGGCUGUUUGGACAUCAGAUGAAGUCAAAGUGCUGCUCAGCCGAUGGGCAGAGAAGAGCAUCCAGGAGCAGCUUCGAUCAACUAGAAAUGAGAGAGUGUUCGCUCAGCUGAGCUCCGAGCUCGCCACUCAGGGCUUUGAUAAGACCACCAGCCAAUGCAGGUCAAAGAUAAGACUGCUGAAACAAAAAUACAUAAAGGUUAAGGAUCAGACGGACUCUAAAAAGCAAAAGAGCAGAUGGUUUGCCAUUAUGGAUAAAGUCCUUGGUCGUUGUAAGCCAGAGGCUGAGACUAAAGAUGCAGCUGAAGUCAUGGAUUCACCCCCUGUAUCUCUGCAGACAUCACAGCAAGACCUUUCUGAAACAGUGGAAGACUUAAGUUCCUGCUUGUCCGUCUCCUCAUUGUGUCUUCUGGUUCCAACGCUGCGUCUGAUGUGUGCCUUUGCCUGGCAAGUGGUCCAGUGUUGUAAUGUGCUACAUUAUGGAAAGGUGGAGGAGCUGGUGAGGUUGGUGACAGAGCUGACUCCAGAGCUGCUGACGCCCAGAGAGAAAGUGCAACUCCUGCUCAGACUAAGGGCAAGGAUGGUGUUGGAAUUGUGUCGCAGUGAGAGCGCAGCUAACCUGCUGAAUAUGCAGCCUCACCUGAGGGUCAUUCAAAACCUCACAAUGGGCUCCACCUGUGAUCAGCAGGUAAGUCUGCAGGAAUUGGAGGAGUUGGAAAAUUCAAAGUCAAACUUUGUGGAGGUUGUUCAUAUUCUGCUCAAGGACACAGAGGAGAGAAAGAUGUUUUUCAAGGAGGUCUUUCCCAUCCACUAUGGCCAGCAGUAUGAAGCCACAUUGCACACAUUAGUAUGGAAAUUCAUCUCAACACUGGAUAAUCUUUUGCCUAUACCGGAUAUUAAACAGACUGCAGAGUGGCUCAGCAGCACCCCCUCUGUCAUGGAAGAAUGUGGACAACUGGUUUUGGAACCGGAUCAGCUGAAGGCACUACUGCACUUCCACCAGCAACAGUCAGGAAGCACAAACAAAUGCUACUCUCAAACUCAGAGUAUGUUUUUGCCAAGGCUGUCUCUUCCCCCCAAACCAAACUCGAAGCAACUCGCUUCAGAGCAACAGGAAUUGUCCACAGGUAGCGAAGAUGAAGGGCAGUUUGAUUAUAGGGAGGAUGAGGAGCCCGUUGAGGAAAACCAUACUGACGUUAGUCCAACUCUGGAGGACUGUAGCAAAAGAGAAGAAGACCUGAAGUUAAAAGAUGAACAAAGCGAUGACCGGACCGCUGCAAACUGCUCAAAUUUAAACAAUCGUACACUUUUAAGACUGCAGACCUGCUCUUUGUGUCCUUACUCCGACAGCCAAGUGUCAGGUCUUCUGCAGCACAUCAGACAGGCGCACCUGAUCCAGGAACCCAGCCGACCUCAGUCUAAAGAACCUCAGACAGACAACGUCCUUCAGGAAGUAGAUGCUGAAACGUGCACUCCUGAGAUGAGGAGUGCAACAAACACAUGCAUGUAUUGUGCGAAAGUCUUCAAGGAUGUUUCAACCCUGAACAGCCACAUAAAAACACACACACUGCCAUUCCACUGCGACAAGUGUGAGAAGAAGUACUCGUCCAGAUGGUCCCUGGAUGUGCACCGCCGGAUUCACACGGGGGAGACACCAUAUUUGUGUUCGCACUGUGGCCGGGGCUUCAGGUCUUCUUAUAACCUCGGUUUGCACGUUCGCAUUCACACAGGAGACCGACGCUAUAAAUGUCACAUUUGUGGAAAGACUUCGAUCCAGCACCUGACGAGACACAUGCGGAUGCACAGAGGGGAAAAGAACUAUCUGUGCACAGAAUGUGGCAAGGCUUUCCUCUCCUCCGGGGAGUUAAGGCUACACAUGAGGUAUCACACAGGCGAGCGUCCAUACACGUGCAAACACUGUGGGAGAGGUUUCAUAGCAAAGUGCCUAUUGACGGUUCACAUGCGCCAACAUACAGGAGAGAGUCCUUACAGGUGUUCAGUGUGUCCCAAAUCCUUUCACACUUUGAGAGCGCAGAAGAGGCACAUGAUGAUCCAUUCGAACAAAAAGUCUUCCCAGUGUCUGAAGUGCGGUAAAAUAUUCAGGCAAGAAGGCACUUUUAAAAUGCAUGUUCAAACACAUAAAUGAAAGUAGUAGCUGGUGUUUUAAUACAAGAAGUGUAAAAUAUGUAAAAUUGUAUGUCAUUCUGGUUUAAACAGUGCAACUUGCAGUCUGGUUUUAAAAAUAUUCCAUCUCAUCUUUAAGUCAAUAUUGCUAAUAUAUCAGCAAGGAUAGUAAAUCCAUUAAUGCAUAAAGGACCAGCUUAGUCAUUAUUUUCUAACUAUGCAAAGCUACCAUUCCAAAAACAUAGCACAGAUAAUCUUAAGGGUUUGUGUGAGCCACUGAUAUUUUAAUAGAAGUUGUUGUUUAUUACUGACAAAAAGUUUAUAAUUGACAAAAAGUCAAAUUAAAAAUGUGAAAACAGUGAUUUGGCAAAAGAUUUUUUUUUUAUUCUGAAGAACUUGAAGGGUUGGUUCAUCCAAAUCACAACAUAUUAUAUUUUCUCACCUACCUCUAAUGUUAUCUGGCUAUGCAGAUAGUUUUGGUUUCAUUCGCUUUUUUUUGUUUGUUUGUUUUAAGAUUUUUUGACAUGUCUGCUUUAUUUGGUAGAGACAGGAAAGGCAGGGGAGAUAUCAUUACAUGCAGUAAAGGGCCCGGGCUGGAUUCGAACCCGCGCCGCUGUGGCACGGACUCAGCCUUGAUACAUGGCACAUGCUCCGCUUUCUGCUUCCCUCCAAUGUGGAGAUGAAAGGAACUUGGUUUAUGGUGCUCACAGCAUUGAAAAGUUAAUUGUCAAGUUGCAUUAGGGGGAUUGUAGGAUCCAGUGUUUUUGGUGUUUUAGCCAAACUAAAAGUCAGGAUAUCUCGGCCUCUGCUGCACACCUUUUGACUACUCUUUUUUUUAAUAUCUCUUGUGAGUCCUCCAAGUUAAUUUAAGUGCAAUGCUAAAUCACUGGGGUGCCCCUUUUAAGGUUGCUGCUUGUGUGUCUCCCUAAAAUGCACAGUGUCCUGGCAUACGCUCAAUGCUGUGCCCUGCCCUAAAAGAAAACAAGACAUACAAAGAAAUUAACUACACACAACGAAAUAUCUAUAUUAUCACGUGUAUUUUCAGUUUUGAAAAGUUUUGUCAUUAAAGGAAUGUUAAAACAACUCACUCUGACAGAGCAAUCCCCUCAGAAAUUAUUAUAGGUGCCCAUUUGAACCUCAUAAAGAAAUCCUUUCUAAACACCACCCACAUGCUGUAUGAAAGUGCAUUUUUUCUUCCCAUCGUCAUUGCUUCCUUGGGACGAUAAGUGAGACUGUUCUUUAUUCAGUCUGCCCUUUUCCUCCACAUCUGUUUGGACUGGUGCCAUGUAAUAUAUGUUUGUGUCCAUUUCAGCAUCACUUAUUCUUCUCAACGGACCUCGUUGUCAUGGUCUGGCCUGCUCCCAUCAGUCCGCACAGGAGGACUAAUACUUUAACCACCACAAUAAUCGUUUUUUCUGAUGCCUGAAAUAAGGGGAAAUAAUUUUAUAAGCCAUCAAGUUACUUUUAUUUAGCCAAAAUGUGGAUCCAAGUGUGAAAAUAUAAAAUGUGAGUGACUUAACCCUAAAAAACCUAAAAACCCUUCAAGAACCACAUCAGUGUUUUGUGUGUUUUAAGCAAUUUACUACAAAUUGCGUACACUGACAUUGGAUUUAAGCAUGUCAUAGUGUUUUGAUUUUUUAAAUGUGUUUUCUUGCCUUCCAGGCAGCCAUUGGGUACCAUUCACUUAACUACAGUAAGGCUGCGACUAUUAAUCUUAUCGAUUAGUCAUUUAGUCAAUAAGAUGGUCAGAAAACAUUGAAAAAUGCCAGUUAAAAUUUUCUGGAGUCCAAGUUGAUGUCUUCACUUUACCUGUGUUGUCUGACCUAAGAGACCAAAAGCCAAAGAUAGGGUUAGGGUUAGCAGUGUGGCUCUAGGGAUGGCAAUGGGUCCACCACUUUGGUCCAGUCAGAAAUAUCUCAAUAACUACUGGAUGGAUUGCCAUGAAAUUUGGAACAAAUAUCCAUGGUGCCUAGAGGAUGAGUCCUUGUGACUUUGGUGCUCAGUAUGUGAUUUGUUAAGUGCCAUGGAUUUAACAAUACACAGCACAGUUAGGCCACUAAUAUUUCAGAGCCAUGGACUGGGCCAUAGAUUGUAACUUGCACAAACCUCAGUCAGAUAAAGGAUCAAUGAGUCAGGCUGACAUAUUCAACUAAACAACCCCUCUGCCCCUGCACUCUCUGCUACUGGGGGAUGGAGAGGGGGGGAUGGCAGGUUAACAAGGGGGAUGCAUUUUUACUGAGUGCUUUUCAAGUGGAAAAAAUGUUUUUGCUCUGCUGUGAGAAGACAAUCUUUAACUAGGUACAGAGUGAAGUCUGUAUGUGUGUGUAUAUGCAUCAAGCAGUCAAAACCAGGCAUGAGAAAUGACUUUGUUAUGAGAAGAAUCGAUAUGAUGCGUGGAGUAUGGGAAGUUGUUUGUUACUCAGCAUAGUCGGCUUGAUUUGCUGUGUGAUUUUCAUGUAAGGGGUCUUCUCUCUUUGUGUACAUGAAUAAAAACCUUGUAUUCACA